AUGAAGAAGCCAAAGAUCACAGCCUUUAUUAAAGCACUGAACGUACGCAUGAAGAAAGAACCGAUCACUCUCCGAUACAUUCAUAUCCUUGGCACCGUUGUCUUCUUCACCUCCAUCUCAUCUCUUGUCAUCCUCCUCGCUCUUUACCUCAACCAACGACUCCAAACUUCACUCUUCCUCCAAAACGAUCCUCUCACUUAUCCUACUCUUUCUCCUGCUCCCCCUCCACAUGGCAGUGACAUGGCGGACGAAGAGCUGAUGCGUCGAGCAGCAAUGGCACCACGUGAAGCGGUGAUGGAUGAGACUCAUCCAAAGGUUGCCUUCAUGUUUCUGACGAGGUGGAACUUGCCUUUGUCCCCUCUUUGGGAAAUAUUCUUCAAAGGCCAUGAAGAUUUUUAUUCCAUUUAUGUACAUACAUCGCCGGAGUUCACUGAGGAGCCACCAGAAUCUUCAGUAUUUUACAAGAAACGCAUACCAAGCAAGACCGUUGAAUGGGGACAAUCCUCCAUGAUGGACGCAGAGAGACGUCUUUUAUCGCACGCGCUUCUAAAACCAUCGAACUCUCGCUUCGUCCUCCUCUCCGAGACAUGCAUCCCUCUCUUUAACUUCACCACAGUCUACACUUACCUCAUGGGCUCCACUCGCUCUUUCCUCGGCUCAUUCGACGACCCAAGGCCCAUGGGCCGAGGCCGUUACAACCCCAAAAUGCUGCCACACGUGUCUCUCUCUGACUGGCGGAAAGGAAACCAGUGGUUCGAGCUCUCACGGACAGUCGCCGCCGAGAUCAUCUCCGAUGACCGGUAUUACAACGUCUUCAAGGAUCACUGCCGGCCGCCUUGUUACAUUGACGAGCAUUAUAUUCCGACAUUGGUGAACAAAAUAUGUCCGGAAAUGAAUUCGAACCGGACCGUGACGUGGGUGGAUUGGUCAAGGGGUGGAUCCCAUCCAGCGAGGUUUGUGAGGAAGGAUAUCCAGGUCGGGUUCUUGGAUAGGAUCCGGUUUGGGUCGAAUUGUAGCUACGAGGGUGAGGUGACGAACAUUGCAGAAAUUGGUAGAAAGAAAAGCAACCAAAGUGUUCGACAUCAACAGCAGCAUCCAGGUGAACUCAGGAAGCAACAACACCGAGACGCGAGGCUAAUAGAAGAGAGUGAAAAAAUGGUAGAAGAGCUACAACAACAAAUGUCUUACACUGGAAGAAAAUAUCUUGAGCUUGAUAUUGGCAGUGCCAAGUCGAAGCUGGCAAACUACAGAUUGGACUAUGGAUGGAGUUACGGAGAUUUGAUAUAUAGGAAUUCCGAGUUGGAUCGAAAAAAGAUGGAGCUUGAAAAGCUAACUUUCACUCAUGGUGCAUAUCGUGACAAGAAGGCUGUUCUAUAUUUCUCUUUCGGAAGAGAACCAGAAGUUAACAUUCAUAACCUAAAUUACCGGAUGCUGCAUGAGGCACACGUAGCAUGGUUGGGGAAAGACACCUUCUCGAUAUGGAAAAAGCUAGCGGAACUUGAAAUCGAGAGAGAACAGUUAUUUCUUAAUGCUCCAAUAAAAGGCUCCCUAUGGAAUUCAUUACCGUCUAGGCGUCUACUAUGGCUUUACGAAAACAGAUUCAGUCUUUGGAGCCAAGUAAAGAGAGAAGGGUUAAAAAAAAUUUCAGAGAGAAGAAAAGAGAUAGACUCCAACAAAAGAGAACUGAGAAAGGCAGAGAAUGAGAUUAAGUCUCUGAGAAAAACAAUGGAGAGGAUUCGCCAGAAAAAGCAGAAAGCUUUGCAAACUCUUUCACACCUUAAGCAGUCGUCUCAAGAACCAGUGUAA